CCCUUCAGCUCGGCGGGCGCUUCCGGGUGCUCCUGCAGCCCUCCCACCACGUAGCCCACGCCUCCCUCUCGGUGCUCCGCUUCCCACGCGGUCCCCUUCCUGUUCUUUCCUCCUCUACCCUGCCCUUCUGUCCCUCUCCCUUCCUUUCUCCCCGCGACUCGUCCCUAUUAGGCAACAGUCCCUGUCGUCCAGUCGGCCAUGGCCGUCGAGGCCCACAUCCUUAGCUAGGCCCCUUCUCCCCUCCCUGGGUCUGGUCUCAUGACCCCCUGCCCCAUCCGGGAACCAGCGCGAUGUGGAGCAGUGUAUCUGGCAAGCAGAACUUCAGCUAAGCCAUGUGACAACUUAAGGCUGCACCCCCAGACCCUAGCAUCUUGGGGCCCUGUAGACCAAGGAAUGCUUCUGGCCGUGGAGUGACCUAGCUCUUCUAUCACCAUGAACAGGGCUCCUCUGAAGCGGUCCAGGAUCCUGCGCAUGGCGCUGACUGGAGGCUCCUCUGCCUCUGAGGAGGCCGAUGCAGAUGGCAGGAACAAGCCAUUUCUGCUGCGGGCGCUGCAGAUCGCGCUGGUGGUCUCGCUCUACUGGGUCACCUCCAUCUCCAUGGUAUUCCUCAACAAGUACCUGCUGGACAGCCCCUCCCUGCAGCUGGACACCCCUAUCUUCGUCACUUUCUACCAGUGCCUGGUGACCUCGCUGCUGUGCAAGGGCCUCAGCACUCUGGCCACCUGCUGCCCAGGCACCGUUGACUUCCCCACCCUGAACCUGGACCUUAAGGUGGCCCGCAGUGUGCUGCCACUGUCGGUGGUCUUCAUUGGCAUGAUAAGCUUCAAUAACCUCUGCCUCAAGUACGUUGGGGUGGCCUUCUACAACGUGGGGCGCUCACUCACCACAGUGUUCAAUGUGCUUCUGUCCUACCUGCUGCUCAAACAGACCACUUCCUUCUAUGCCCUGCUCACAUGCGGCAUCAUCAUUGGUGGUUUCUGGCUGGGUAUAGACCAAGAGGGAGCCGAGGGCACCCUGUCCCUGAUGGGCACCAUCUUCGGGGUGCUGGCCAGCCUCUGUGUCUCCCUCAAUGCCAUCUAUACCAAGAAGGUGCUCCCAGCGGUGGACAACAGCAUCUGGCGCCUAACCUUCUAUAACAAUGUCAAUGCCUGUGUGCUCUUCUUGCCCCUGAUGGUACUGCUGGGCGAGCUCCGUGCCCUCCUUGACUUUGCUCAUCUGGACAGUGCCCACUUCUGGCUUAUGAUGACUCUGGGUGGCCUCUUCGGCUUUGCCAUCGGCUAUGUGACAGGACUGCAGAUCAAAUUCACCAGUCCCCUGACCCACAAUGUAUCAGGCACAGCCAAGGCCUGUGCGCAGACAGUGCUGGCUGUGCUCUACUAUGAAGACAUUAAGAGCUUUCUGUGGUGGACAAGCAACCUGAUGGUGCUGGGUGGCUCCUCAGCCUACACCUGGGUCAGGGGCUGGGAGAUGCAGAAGACCCAGGAGGACCCCAGCUCCAAAGAGGGUGAGAAGAAUGCUAUUGGGGUGUGAGCUUCUUCAGGGACCCGGGAGUGAACCCAAGUGGGGCCUACACAGCACUGAGGCUUCCCAUGGAGCUUAGCUGUUGUGGCCCUGAGCAAUAUUGUUUACAUCCUCCUUGGAAUACGAUCUAAGAGGAGCCAGAGACUUUCCUGGUAAUGUCAGAAAGCUGCCAAAUCUCCUGUCUGUCCCAUCUCGUUUUGGGAAAAUGCUACUGGAACUGGCACCCCUACCUGCCUCCCCCUGGGGCCUGUCUACCUCCAUAUCGCCUCUGGGGUUGGGACCAGCUGCAGCCUUAAGGGGUUGGAUUGAUGGAGUGAUGUCUUCUACACAAGGGAGAUGGGUUGUGAUCCCAGAAUGGCUAGUUGAAGGGAGUUAGGUGACCCCCACACUCUGGGAUCCAGGGCAGGUAGAGUAGUAGCUCAGGUGCUAUUAUCGUCAGGAACACUCCAGCCUGCCUUUGGAAGGAGGUAGGAGCUUGGCCAAGGGAGGAAAUGGCCAUUCUGGCCUCUUCUGUGUGGAUGGGUAUGGCAGAUCUAUUCAUGGCAGCUGCACCCAGGGGUGGCUAAUGAGAAAACAUUCACCUCUGUGCUUCAUUUGCAGCUUUAGAAUGGGGGAGAGUCACACAUCUUUUAUAGGUUAAGUAGGGCGAUAAGCUCCUCCAUAGUCUCCAACCCCAGCUUUACCUGCCUGGCUUCCCUUGGCCCAGAGGAGCCACCAUCCUGUUCUCUAGCACUUGGCCCAGCUACCUAACUAUGCUCCCUUUCUGUGCUCUUCUCUUCUCUGUCAUGACCUCCCCCAACACCUCCAUCUGCAGGCAGGAAGUAGGGUCCACUUGUAACCCCUGUUCCCCUGUUCGCAUGGACAAGCCCUUUGGAUACCUGAACCCCUCAUGACAGUAAGAGACAUUUAUGUUCUCUGGGGCUGGGGCCCAUCUGGCUCCUGUCACAAAAAAAAAAAAAAGCCUAGACCAGGUUACUAAGAAUAGAAGUUGGUUUAUAACUGUUCUGGGGCAGCAAAGCCCAGAUGAAGGCAGCCAUAGACCAAGUGUUUCAGAGAACACCCCUUCUGUCCACAGCCUCGUGUGGCUGAAGGGCAGCCAAGCUCCCUCAGGACUCAUAGAGGAAUACUAGCCCCAUUCAUGAGGUCUCACCCCAUGACCUGCUCAACCCCAAAGCCUUCAAUGUAAGGACUCCAGCAUAAAUUUGGGGCCAGAAGCACCUUACCUACCUUACCUCAGGGUAGCUGUCAUCCUCUUAGUCCCUUCUCUUGGGCCUUUUGUACCCCCAUUUCCUUGGGGUAAUGCCUGAUGUUUUUGUCCCUAUCAUAAAAAUAUGGGGGAACUGUGUCCAGCCUUUGAUUGCUACUUCCCACAAUUCCAGGUUCUAAUGAAGUUGGUCGGGCAUGAUGCCCUGAGUUGUACAUGAUUUAAUAAUAAUAGUAGUAAUAACAAUAAUAAUAAAAAGCAAGACGUAGCAUGUGUGUGGACUGAGUGAGGGACACAGGGCUCAGCAGGGAUCUAAAAGCCAAGUCUGAGGGACCCAGCUACAGCAGGCAGUCUUCCUGAGCUUGGAAUCUCUUCACCAUAUACCUACUCUGGGGAGUAGGUGGCCAGAGUUCAAGUUUCCAUUGGUACCAAUGGCCACUGACUAUGUGCUUAUUGACGGCAGACAUGACAUUGAUUGCUGCCCAUCUGUCACUCAUCUCCACAGCCAUUCCUAAUGUGUGGGGUGGGAGCCAUUACCAAACCCCCAUAAGAACACAGACUCAGGCUUGUGCUGAGAAAAGUAGCAGCAGAAUUCAUACAGAGAGCUGGAUCUCCUGGAGCACCUUGGACUGCUACCAGCCAUAGUGCUUGUCACACAGCACAUGCUCAAAAGAAUGCCAGCCCCCUCAGCCUAGAAUGCCUGACCUUUCAGAUGAUGAAGAGAGUCAAAACUGUUAGCUUGCCCACCAUGUUUCUACAUACCUGACUGACAGCUUGAGGAAGAAGAUUACUGUGGCUCCCAGCCUCAGAGGUGUCAGUUCAAGACAGUAAGUCAUAUGAAUGGGACACCCAAGUGUACUGGGUCCUUGAAUCAAGGCUGACCUUGUGAUAGUCACUCCUACCAGAAUGCUGGGGGGGGGCUGCCAAAGGCAAAGGAGGCUUUCUGAGGUGUAGUAUAAGAGUCAUUUCUGCAUCCGUGUACACCUGUGAGCAAAGUAGGAAGGCCCUAUGGAGAAUAUAUCCCACAAGCCAGUAGGCCUUUCUGGCAGUGGGUGAAUGCUGCCACCCUGUACCUCUAUGCAAGGCCAGCAGAACCACCCAGCCUAUAACAUCUAGAGAAAUUAUAGGUCAUCUUAAUUAAGCCUCUAAAUUGUGGGGAAACUCAACAUGCAGCAAGAAUCCUAACCCGCUAACCUAGGAUGUGGGGUGGAUCAUUUGAAGGAAACUGGGGUUUCUUAUAGAAUUGGAGGCUCCAUGAAGUCACCCUAACAAGCAAUAGCAGCAGUGGCUCCUUCUAAGCCACCAGCUAGAGCACCCUAUGAAUGUACCUUAUUCCCACAUCUGGGUGUGUAUGGCUGUGACUGGGUCAGAUGUCAUCCAGGCCAUUGCCAUGGGCCUUUAGCCUCAUGGGGUGCUGGGACAGCAGCCAGACAGCUCCCAUGCUGAGAAACUGCCUGCAGUAGACUGAUGGGUAGGAAAAUGAGGCCCAAAAUGUUUUCCACACUUGAUCUUUCUUUGUUUAAAAAUGCUGUUUGCCCUCAAACUUGCCCAAACCCAUUGUUUUGCAGUUGAGGAAAAUAAGUCAUAGAAAGGUUAAAGGAAAUUUCUGAGGUUACAGAGCAAAGUACUGGCUUCACCCGAAAUAGACAGGUGUGCCCUGACCCUGAAGCAAGUGCCUUCCACUGGCUCCAGGUCAGAAGCUGACAAUAGGGUGAGUGUGAGUGUGAAUGUGUGUGUGUGCAUUCAUGCAUAGGCUCAACUUUAGGUGUUGCUGUUCAGGAGCCAUUCUUGUUUUUUGAGACAAGGUCUCUCACUGGGACUUGGGACCUAUGACCCCACAAGGCUGCCUAGAGCAAGUCCCAGAAAUUCUCCUGUCCUCACCUACUUGACUCAAAUUAUAAACACACACCUCUAUUCCUGGCUUAUUUUUGUAGGUUCCGAGGAUUGAACUUGUAUCCUCAUGCUUGCUUAAGGACUCUGCCACUGAGUUAUUGCCCCAUCCUUUACUCAUUUAAUCACUUUACUAUUAGACACCACAGAAAAGUCUUUACAGGACCAGAGUGAUGACUCAUCCAGGAAAGGCUGUGAAGCCUGAGGACCCAAGAUCAACCCCAGGAACCCUCAUGAUAGAAGGACUCACACCAAAUUAUUCUCUGACCUCCUUACAAACACCAAGGCAGCAAAGUGUAAAUAAACAGAUAAAUAAAUAGGAUAAUUUUUAAAAGAGUCUUUACAAAUAUGCAUUAAUUUAAUUGUCAAAGCAACCCAAUGUGAGUAUAGUUGUCUCCCAACCACAGACAGGAAAAUCAGGCACAUGGAGAUGAGUGAUUUGAGCUCACAUAGCUAGAAAGGGAAAGAAUCAGGAGUCAAACCCAGGUAGUACCACUCUCAGUUAUAAACCAUAUGGCUUUUUGAAUAUUAAAAAAUAUAUCUGGUGAUGGUGGCACACACCUUUAAUCCCAGAACUUGGGAGUCAGAGACAGGUGGAUCUCUUGAGUUUGAAGCCAGCCUGGUCUACAAACUCUGAGUUUCAGGACAGCCAGAGCUGUUACACAGAGAAACUCUGUCUCAAAAAAAAUUUUUUAAAAAAAGAGGGAGAGAGAGAAAUACCUCUUUUUAAAAAGCAAACAAACUGUGUGUGUGUGUGUGUGUGUGUGUGUGUGUAUUUACAUGUAUGUAGCCAGACAUGGUAGCACAUGGCUUUAAUCCAAGCACUUGAGAGGCAGAAGCAAGGGAUCUCUGAGCUCAGGGUUAACCUUGUCUACAGACUAAGUCCCAGGACAGUCACUGGUCCAUAGAAAAACCCUGUCUUGGAAAAGAAAAGGAAGAAAGUUUUAUUCAGGGCUGGAGAAAUGACUGCUGUUAACAGCAUUCUUUCAAAAGAGUGCAGUUACCACUUGAAAGUCAUAUAGUAUGUAUGUAUAUAUGAUAUAUCAUAUGCAUUAAGCAAAAAUAAGUUCUGUGUCAUAUAAUAACCCCAUAACAUAAGUAUAGGUGGGGGUCUCUGAAGACAAGGGUCUGUCUUCAUAUGAAAAGAUUCAGGCUCAUGGAAGUGAGUUUAGCCAAGUCACUGGCCUUCUGGAUGCCUGGGAGGUUAGUAACUCUGGCUGUGUCUCUGAGUGUGUUUCCAGAGAAGACUAACUAAAGGUGGAAGGCCUGCCUGAAUGCAGAAGGCACCAACCCUUAUGGCACAGACGAAUAAAAGGAGAAAACCAGUGGUGAGGGCAUUUUCUAGUUUGCUGGUCACCAUAGGCUACCUACUCUGCCCUGGCAUAUCCUCCCUGCCUUGAUGGGUGACUCCACAGAAACACUUUCUGGGCUGAGGAGGUGGCUCGGUGGGAGAGAGUAUUUGCAGGACAUGAUGAGGAACUAGAGUGAGAUACCCAGCCCCCAGAUAAAAAGCCAGGCAUGGCCACACACACACACCUGGAGCCCUAACUCUGGUGGGAGACACAAGAGGAUCCCUAGGGCUUGCUGGUCAGCCUUUCUAGCCGAAAUGGUGAAGUCCAGGUUUACCUUUUUGAACUCUGUCUCAAGAAAAUAAGGUGAGGCAUGAUGGCCACCGAUGCCCUCUGCCCUCUUAAAUGGACGAGCAUUCUGGUGGGCACAUACAUAUGCACACACUACACACAGCACAUGUAUAUACGGUGUAAAUAAAUAAAUCCUUUAAUUUGUUGGUAUUAGA